AUGCUGCAUCUUAGUUGCUGUGUUGAGCACGUGGAGUGUGAGGAAACCUGUGUCGGUGCCUUUGGUAUGGCACAAACGCAGCCAGGUCUGUCCGGGCAAAUACCGGGACUGGGGCUAGGCCAAGGGUCAGGCCUAGGUCAAGCGUCUGGGAUAGGCGCGGCGCAGGGACACAAUGCGAGGUCGAUGAUGCACCAGCAGCAACAAAUGCAGCAGCAGCAGCCUGGAAUAUGGAAUGCUGCUUCGGCACAUGCUCAUGGUCAAGCACCGCUUGCAGGGCCGGCUACCGGUAGCGGAGCUGGACUCGCACGUCCCAGCGGACCCGGGCCCGGAGGCGGACAAGGUCAAGGAAUGGAAGAUGUCGUCAUGGGAGAUCAACCAUCUCACCAAGGGCAAGGGUUUAAUAUCGAUCCGAGGCUUGGUGCAGGUUCCAAUGCGCCCGCAGGAUUUCAACAUGCGAGUUUUGCCCGCCAACCCCCUCGUCCCAAUGCACCACACCUGCCCAGUCCGCUUCCCGGUCAAUUCGGCGGACCACCUACGACCUUGUACAACGUCCCUGACUGGAGUCCCGUUGACCCUGGGGGCCUUACGAGAGCGAGGAGCCGCACGAUGGGCAUGGGGCAGGUGAAAGGGCUGAUGGCUAUGGUUGAAGGGGGACCGGACACGCCGGGAUCUUCCGGGCCUAGUACCUCCCAAGCAGGAAGUUGACAAUGAUGGCGGUGGCAGUUUAAAAGGUGUUAGUUCUCACUUUCUUUGUUUCUUUGCGUUUUACGGAAUAUCUACGGCGUGUUGUGGGUGAAUGGAUACAUGUUG